UGUUUGAUUUGUUAUCCAAAGAAGUUUGGUCUACCAUCUUUAACCUUGCAGGACAAAACAGAAAGCUUUCAGGAAAGAAGGAAGAAAUGUCUUGAGAUGGCAAAGAAAACUUUCAGCAAAUUGGAGAUAAUCCUUAGUGUUCUGCUUCUGGGACUUUUCAUCAUCUCUGUUGUCCUGAUCGUGCUUUUAUCUACGAAUAGUUCGGGUGCAAAAGAUUCAGAAGCUAACAGUACUUCAAGUCCUGAGACAACUUUAGCUCCAGUAUGCCAUAUGGUAAACCUGCCGGAAAGGAUCAACUGCAUCCCUGAUCAAACACCAACACAGGCCACAUGUGACCAGCGUGGUUGCUGCUGGAGCCCUGAGGGACCAGUAAAUAUGACCUGGUGCUACUUCUCAAAGCAGUAUGGCUAUCGGAUAGAAGGUGGUGCAAUCACCGGAGCAGGGUUCACAGCCCAAUUGAGCAGACUGCCUACCCGCUCAAUGUUUGGAAGUGAUAUUGCCAAUGUCAUCCUUGAAGCAGAAUACCAGACAUCCAAUCGUUUCCACUUCAAGAUCAGUGACCCCAGUGAUCCCAGAUAUGAAGUCCCUCAUGAACACGUCCAGCCAUUUACUGGAAAUGCAGCUGAUAAUUUGAACUAUAGUGUGGACAUUGAAAAAGAGCCAUUUAGCAUCAAAGUUAUCCGGAAAAACAACAACCGUGUUUUAUUUGACACUGGUAUUGGGCCCCUCCAGUUUGCUCAGCAAUACCUACAGCUCUCCAUCCAGCUACCUAGUGAUAAUGUAUAUGGCCUAGGGGAGCACGUGCACCAGCAGUACCGCCAUGAUAUGAACUGGAAGACCUGGCCCAUCUUUUCUCGGGACAAUACUCCUAAUGAUGGCAUGACUAACUUGUAUGGAGCUCAGACAUUUUUCUUGUGCCUUGAAAAUACAAGUGGACUAUCCUUUGGAGUUUUUCUGAUGAACAGCAAUGCCAUGGAGGUUGCCCUUCAACCUGCCCCAGCAAUCACUUACCGAGUCACUGGGGGUAUUCUGGACUUUUAUGUCUUCUUAGGGAACACUCCAGAAGAGGUUGUUCGGGAAUACCUUGAGCUUAUUGGAAGGCCAUUCUUACCAUCGUAUUGGACUCUUGGAUUUCAUCUCAGUCGUUGGGUGUAUGGAGGUUUGGAUGGAAUGAAGGAAGUCGUGGAGAGAAACCGAGCUGCUCAGCUGCCUUGUGAUGUUCAGUACUCUGAUAUUGACUACAUGGAUGAGAAGAAGGACUUCACUUAUGAUAAAGUACUAUUUAGGGACUUACCUGAGUUUGCUGAAGAUUUACACAACCAUGGACAGAAAUAUGUCAUUAUUGUGGAUCCAGCCAUUGCCACUGACUCUCCCAAUUACGGCCCUUAUAUCCGGGGCUCAGCCAUGAAUAUAUGGGUCAAUGCAUCAGAUGGAGUGACGCCAUUCAUUGGGAAGGUAUGGCCAGGCCAAACAGUCUUUCCGGACUAUACCAACCCGAAGUGUGCCCAGUGGUGGGCAGAGGAAUUCAGACUUUUCUAUGAGGAGAUAAAGUUUGAUGGAAUCUGGAUUGAUAUGAAUGAACCCUCCAACUUUGAUGAUGAUUCACCUACAGAAUGCUUAUAUACUAACCUGAACUAUCCCCCAUUUACUCCUAGUAAUACUGGACCACUUCUGCCUGCCAAGACCCUUUGCAUGGAUGCACUUCAGCACUGGGGCAAACACUAUGAUGUCCACAACCUGUAUGGCUACUCCAUGGCAAUUGCAACAGAAGAGGCUGUAAAAACUAUCUUCCCUAAUAAAAGAAGCUUUAUUGUAACACGUUCUACCUUUGCUGGGUCGGGCAAAUUUGCAGCCCAUUGGCUGGGGGACAACGCAGCUACGUGGAAUGACCUUCGUUGGUCUAUACCUGGCAUGCUUGAAUUCAACCUGUUUGGUAUCCCUAUGGUGGGCCCUGACAUCUGUGGUUAUGCUAAUGAUGUCUCAGAAGAACUGUGCAGGCGGUGGAUGCAGCUUGGGGCAUUUUAUCCAUUUUCAAGGAAUCACAAUGGUCAAGGCUACAAGGACCAGGAUCCUGCUGCAUUUGGAGAAGAUUCUCUUCUUUUGAAUACCUCCAGACACUAUCUGAACAUCCGUUAUACUUUGCUGCCCUAUCUCUAUACCCUCUUUUUCCGAGCUCACACUCGGGGGGACACUGUAGCCCGGCCCCUUCUACAUGAGUUCUAUAAUGACAGUUAUACCUGGGAUAUAUAUAGACAGUUUCUUUGGGGGCCUGGACUUCUCAUCACUCCUGUUCUGGAUGAGGGAGCUGAGAACGUGACAGCAUAUAUGCCUGAUGCUAUCUGGUAUGAAUAUGAAACUGGUGGCCAAACAUCGUGGAGAAAACAAAACAUUGAGAUGUUACUCCCAGCAGACAAAAUUGGGCUCCAUCUUCGAGGGGGCUAUAUUUUCCCCACACAGCAGCCAGCCAUCACCACAGUAGCCAGCCGAAAGAAUCCUCUUGGUCUUAUCAUUGCCCUUGAUGACAAUAAGGAAGAAGGAGAACUUUUUUGGGAUGAUGGAGAAACUAAAGGUACUGUAGAUAGCGGUGCCUACAUCUUGCAUGAGUUUUUGUUCACCCAAAACCAUUUGGAUGUGAAGGUUUUGCAUCAGUCCUACAUUGAUGCAAAUAAUUUAGCAUUUAAGGAGAUUAAAAUCCUUGGGACAGAGGAACCUACCAACAUCAAUGUGAAGAAGAAUAAUGUUCUCAUUGAAUCUUCUCCUAAUGUCACUUACAUUGAAGAUCUAAAGGUUGCUAUCAUCUCAGGACUUGAACUUUCCUUGGGAGAAGAAUACACUGUGGAGUGGAGUUUCAAAUUCAGGGAUGUAGACAAAAUAGACUGUUACCCUGAGGACCAGGCAGUCUCUGAAGAAAACUGCACAGCUCGUGGCUGUACCUGGGAGUUGCCCAGUUCUCCAGGAGUUCCUAGCUGCUAUGUCACCAAUUUCUUCUACUCUGUCAGUAACAUUCAGUACAACCCAAUGGGGAUUACUGCUGAUCUCUUGUUAGAUUCAGCUGUCUAUUCUUCCAACCUGCCCUCUACCCCCGUGAAUCAUCUCCAUUUGGAUGUCACCUACCAUAAGAAUGAUAUGCUGCAGUUUAAGAUCUAUGAUGCCAAUAGCAAAAGGUACGAGGUCCCAGUGCCCCUCAACGUCCCUAGCUCUCCCUCUGGCACCUCUGAGAAUCGGCUUUAUGAUGUUUUCAUAAAGAGCAGUCCUUUUGGGAUUGAGAUCCAGCGUCGGAGCACUGGCACAGCAAUUUGGAAUUCUCAGAUCCCUGGCUUCACCUUUAAUGACAUGUUCCUACGCAUCUCUAACCGCCUCCCAUCCCAGUACAUAUAUGGCUUUGGGGAAACAGAGCACACGACGUUCCGAAGAAAUAUGACCUGGCACACAUGGGGAAUGUUUGCUCGAGACCAGCCCCCAGGGUACAAGAAGAAUUCCUAUGGUGUGCACCCUUAUUACAUGGGCCUGGAGGAGGAUGGAAAUGCCCAUGGGGUCCUCCUGCUCAACAGCAAUGCCAUGGAUGUGACUUUCCAGCCCAGCCCUGCACUGACAUACCGUACCACUGGGGGUAUUCUGGACUUUUACAUGGUUUUGGGGCCAACCCCAGAGCUUGUCACUCAGCAGUACACAGAGUUGGUUGGGAGGCCAGUGAUGACACCUUACUGGGCCUUAGGGUUCCAACUUUGUCGCUAUGGAUACCAGAAUGAUGCUGAAAUUGCUGAACUUUAUGAUGCUAUGGUGGCGGCCCAGAUCCCUUAUGAUGUGCAGUAUGCAGACAUUGAUUACAUGGAGCGGCAGUUGGACUUUACCCUCAGCCCCCAGUUUGCUGACUUUCCCAAUCUGAUCAGCCGCAUGAAGGAGGCUGGGAUGCGAGUCAUCCUUAUUCUGGACCCAGCCAUUUCUGGCAACGAGACCCAGCCAUAUCCUCCAUUCACUCGUGGACUCCAGGAUAACGUGUUCAUCAAAUGGCCAGAUGACAGUGACAUUGUUUGGGGAAAGGUCUGGCCAGAUUUGCCCAAUGUCAUUGUCAAUUCAUCUAUUGAUUGGGACAUUCAAGUGGAGAUAUACAGAGCUCAUGUUGCCUUCCCAGACUUUUUCCGUAAUUCAACAGUCAUGUGGUGGAAGCGGGAAUUGCUAGAACUCUACACCAAUCCCAACGAGCCACAGAAGAGCUUGAAGUUUGAUGGAAUGUGGAUUGACAUGAAUGAACCAGCAAGCUUUGUGAAUGGAGCAGUUCCUCUAGGCUGCACAAAUACCAUGCUUAACCAUCCUCCAUAUAUGCCCUAUCUGGAGUCAAGAGACAGAGGCCUGAGCAGUAAGACCCUGUGCAUGGAAAGUCAGCAGUUCCUGCCUGAUGGAAGCCCAGUGAGGCACUAUGAUGUGCACAAUCUCUAUGGCUGGUCCCAGACAAAGCCCACAUAUGAAGGAGUGCAGGAGGCCACAGGAGAGAGAGGAAUCGUGAUCACUCGCUCAACCUUUCCAUCCUCAGGACGCUGGGCAGGACAUUGGCUGGGAGACAACACAGCAGCAUGGGACCAGCUUUAUAAAUCCAUUAUUGGCAUGAUGGAGUUCAGUCUCUUUGGAAUAUCCUAUACAGGAGCUGAUAUCUGUGGGUUCUUUGAAGAUGCUGAGUAUGAGAUGUGUGCUCGCUGGAUGCAACUGGGAGCCUUUUACCCUUUCUCUAGGAACCAUAAUACUCUUGGGCCCAGGAGACAGGAUCCAGUGUCUUGGGAUUCUGCCUUUGAGGAUCUCUCAAGAAGUGUCCUUCAGAUAAGAUAUACCCUCUUGCCAUAUCUCUACACCCUCAUGCACAAGGCUCAUGUUAAUGGCAGCACUGUUAUCCGGCCCCUUCUCCAUGAGUUUGUAGAAGACAGUAACACCUGGGACAUAUUCUGUCAGUUCUUGUGGGGACCAGCCUUCUUAAUCAGCCCUGUCCUGGAACCUAAUGCCAGGCAGGUGUCCGCCUAUUUCCCCAAAGACCCCUGGUAUGAUUACUACUUGGGCUCAGAUAUUGGAGUGAGGGGAGAGUGGAAGGACCUGCCAGCUCCCCUUGACCACAUCAAUCUCCAUGUCCGUGGAGGCUACAUCCUUCCAUGGCAAGAACCUGCUAAUAACACCCACUAUAGCCGGAGAAAUUCCCUGGGUCUUAUUGUGGCUUUAUCAGACAAUGGAACGGCUGAAGGAGAGUUUUUCUGGGAUGAUGGACAAAGCAUCGAUACCUAUGAACAGGGGAAUUACUAUUUCUCAACAUUUUCUGCUAGUCAGAAUCAACUAGAUGUGAAGGUUUUACAUCAGAAUUACAGAGAUCCAAAUAAUUUAGCAUUUAAGGAAAUCAAAAUCUUUGGGCAGAAUCUCCAGCCAGUUCUAGUUACUGUGAAAGAGAAUAACAUUCCAAUCCAAUCUGAUGCUAAAAUCAAGUAUGAUCCUGCAACGAAGGUACUUCACAUCACAGGCCUUUAUCUUGAACUGGGGAAGCAGUAUACAGUGCAGUGGUCCACAGAUUUCAUAGACACAGAAAAAUUUGACUGCUACCCUGAUGCAGAUGGUUCUAAUGAAGAAAACUGUAAUUUGCGUGACUGUACCUGGGAGCCAACCAAUUCUUCAGGAGUCCCUUAUUGCUAUAUCACCAAAUAUUAUUAUACGGCCAGUAAUAUUCAGAAGAGACCAGAGGGUCUAACAGCAGACAUCUCCCGAAAUUCGGAGGCCAACCACUACCCUUCCACGCCCAUUAACCACCUCAGAUUGGAUGUGACAUUCCAUAAAGAUGACAUGCUACAGUUUAAGAUCUAUGACGCCAGCAAUAAAAGGUAUGAAGUCCCAGUGCCCUUAAAUAUUCCAAGUGCCCCCAUCAGCCAACCUGAAAAUCUUCUCUAUGAUGUGACCAUCAAGGAAAACCCAUUUGGAAUUGAGAUCCGCCGAAAAAGCACGGGCACUGUGAUUUGGGAUUCCCAGGUCCCUGGCUUUACCUUCAAUGACAUGUUCUUACGGAUCUCCACCCGCCUGCCAUCUCAGUACAUCUAUGGCUUUGGGGAAACUGAGCACACGACAUUCCGGAGGAACCUGAACUGGCACACAUGGGGAAUGUUUUCUCGAGACCAGCCCCCAGGGUAUAAGAUGAAUUCCUAUGGUGUGCACCCCUAUUACAUGGGUCUGGAAGAGGAUGGCAGUGCCCAUGGAGUGCUCCUGCUCAACAGCAAUGCCAUGGAUGUGACUUUCCAGCCCACCCCCGCACUGACAUAUCGUACUGUGGGAGGUAUUCUGGACUUUUACAUGGUUUUGGGGCCAACCCCAGAGCUUGUCACUCAACAGUACACGGAGUUGAUUGGCCGGCCAGUGAUGACUCCUUACUGGGCGUUAGGCUUCCAGCUGUGUCGCUAUGGAUAUGAGAACGAUUCUGAAAUUGCUGAACUCUAUGAUGCCAUGGUGGCUGCUCAGAUCCCCUACGAUGUGCAGUAUGCAGACAUUGAUUACAUGGAGAGGCAGCUGGACUUUACCCUCAGCCCCAAGUUUUCUGGCUUUCCCAAGCUGAUCACCCGCAUGAAGGAGGCUGGGAUGCGAGUCAUCCUUAUUCUGGACCCAGCAAUUUCUGGCAAUGAGACCCAGCCAUAUCCUGCAUUCACCCGUGGACUCCAGGAUAAUGUAUUCAUCAAAUGGCCAGAUGACAGCGACAUUGUUUGGGGAAAGGUUUGGCCAGAUUUGCCCAACGUCACUGUAGAUGGAUCUCUUGACUGGGACACACAAGUGGAGAUGUACAGAGCUCAUGUUGCCUUCCCAGACUUUUUCCGCAAUUCAACAGUCACAUGGUGGAAGCGGGAAUUGCUAGAACUCUACAGCAAUCCCAAUGAGCCACAGAAGAGCUUGAAAUAUGAUGGAAUGUGGAUUGAUAUGAAUGAACCCUCAAGCUUUGUGGAUGGGGCAGUCCCUCCAGGCUGCAGGAAUAGCACAUUCAACCGUCCCCCUUACAUGCCCUAUCUGGAGUCAAGAGACAGAGGCCUGAGCAGUAAGACCCUGUGCAUGGAAAGUCAGCAGUUCCUGCCUGAUGGAAGCCCAGUGAGGCACUAUGAUGUGCACAAUCUCUAUGGCUGGUCCCAGACAAAGCCUACAUAUGAAGCUGUGCAGGAGGCCACAGGAGAGAGAGGAAUCGUGAUCACUCGCUCAACCUUUCCAUCCUCAGGACGCUGGGCAGGACAUUGGCUGGGAGACAACACCGCAGCAUGGGACCAGCUCUAUAAAUCCAUCAUUGGCAUGAUGGAAUUCAGUCUCUUUGGAAUAUCCUAUACAGGAGCUGAUAUCUGUGGGUUCUUUGAAGAUGCUGAAUAUGAGAUGUGUGCUCGCUGGAUGCAGCUGGGAGCCUUUUACCCUUUCUCUAGGAACCACAAUACAAUUGGGCAAAGGAGACAAGACCCUGUGGCCUGGAAUUCCACCUUUGAGGAUCUUUCAAGAAAUGUCCUGCAGAUAAGAUAUGCCCUGUUGCCUUAUCUCUACACCCUGAUGCACAAGGCCCAUGUAGAAGGCAGCACUGUUGUCAGGCCCCUGCUUCAUGAGUUUGUGGAAGACAGAGAAACCUGGGACAUAUACCGUCAAUUCUUGUGGGGUCCAGCCUUUUUAAUCAGCCCUGUCCUGGAACCUAAUGCCUCGAGUGUGACUGCCUAUCUCCCCAAUGCCCGCUGGUAUGAUUUCUAUACGGGCUCAGACAUUGGAGUACGGGGACAAUGGAAGUACCUGCCAGCACCUCUUGACCAUAUCAGUCUGCAUGUCCGUGGGGGCUACAUCCUUCCUUGGCAAAAACCUGGAAAUAACACCCAGUAUAGCCGGAAAAAUUCCCUGGGACUUAUUGUGGCUUUAUCUGACAAUGGGACAGCUGAAGGAGAGUUUUUCUGGGAUGAUGGACAGAGUAUUGAUACUUAUGAAAGGGGGAAUUACUAUUUCUCAACCUUCUCUGCCAGUCAGAAUCGCCUAGAUGUGAAGGUUAUGCACAUGAACUACAGUGAUCCAGAUGGCCUAGCAUUUGAAGAGAUCAAAAUCUUUGGAUUGAACCUCAAACCACUUAUAAUUUUUGUGACAGAAAAUAACGUUCCAGUCCCAUCUAAUGCUGAGAUCAAGUAUGAUCCUGUAACAGAGGUUGCAAACAUUACAGGCCUUCGCCUUGAACUGGGCAGGGAAUACAUAGUGGAAUGGUAUACUCCCCUCAUAGAUACAGAAAAAUUUGACUGCUACCCAGAUGAAGGUGAUAUCACUGAAGAAAAGUGUCUUUUGCGUGACUGUGUCUGGGAGCCAAUCAGUUCCACUGGAGUCCCUUGGUGCUACAUCACAAAAUAUGAUUAUACUGCCUCUAAUGUUCAGAGUGGACCAGCAGGCCUAACAGCAACUAUCUCCCGAAUCCCAGGAGCCAGCCACUAUCCUUCAACUGCUAUAGAUCAACUUCACUUGGAGAUGACUUUCCAUACAAACACCAUGCUACAGUUCAAGAUUGAUGAUCCCAACAACAGAAGGUAUGAAGUCCCAGUGCCCUUAAAUAUUCCAGUCUUCCCUAUCAGCCAACCUGAAAGUCUUCUCUAUGAGGUGACCAUCAAGGAAAAUCCAUUUGGAAUUGAGAUCCGUCGAAGAAACACAGGCACUGUGAUUUGGGAUUCCCAGGUCCCUGGCUUUACCUUCAAUGACAUGUUCCUACGUAUCUCCACCCGCCUGCCAUCUCAGUACAUCUAUGGCUUUGGGGAAACUGAGCACACGACAUUCCGGAGGAACCUGAACUGGCACACAUGGGGAAUGUUUUCUCGAGACCAGCCCCCAGGGUAUAAGAAGAAUUCCUAUGGUGUGCACCCCUAUUAUAUGGGUCUGGAAGAAGAUGGCAGUGCCCAUGGAGUGCUCCUGCUCAACAGCAAUGCCAUGGAUGUGACUUUCCAGCACCCCGCACUGACAUAUCGUACUGUGGGAGGAAUUCUAGACUUUUACAUGGUUUUGGGGCCAACCCCAGAGCUUGUCACUCAACAGUACACAGAGUUGAUUGGCCGGCCAGUGAUGACUCCUUACUGGGCGUUAGGCUUCCAGCUGUGUCGCUAUGGAUAUGAGAACGAUUCUGAAAUUGCUGAACUCUAUGAUGCCAUGGUGGCUGCUCAGAUCCCCUAUGAUGUACAGUAUGCAGACAUUGAUUACAUGGAGAGGCAGCUGGACUUUACCCUCAGCCCCAAGUUUGCUGGCUUUCCCAAUCUGAUCAGCAGCAUGAAGGAGGCUGGGAUGCGAGUCAUCCUUAUUCUGGACCCAGCAAUUUCUGGCAAUGAGACUCAGCCAUAUCCUGCAUUCACUCGUGGACUCCAGGAUGAUGUGUUCAUCAAAUGGCCAGAUGACAGCGACAUUGUUUGGGGAAAGGUUUGGCCAGAUUUGCCCAACGUCACUGUAGAUGGAUCUCUUGACUGGGACACACAAGUGGAGAUGUACAGAGCUCAUGUUGCCUUCCCAGACUUUUUCCGCAAUUCAACAGUCACAUGGUGGAAGCGGGAAUUGCUAGAACUCUACAGCAAUCCCAACGAGCCACAGAAGAGCUUGAAAUAUGAUGGAAUGUGGAUUGAUAUGAAUGAACCCUCAAGCUUUGUGGAUGGGGCAGUCCCUCCAGGCUGCAGGAAUAGCACAUUCAACCGUCCCCCUUACAUGCCCUAUCUGGAGUCAAGAGACAGAGGUCUGAGCAGUAAGACCCUGUGCAUGGAAAGUCAGCAGUUCCUGCCUGAUGGAAGCCCAGUGAGGCACUAUGAUGUGCACAAUCUCUAUGGCUGGUCCCAGACAAAGCCUACAUAUGAAGCUGUGCAGGAGGCCACAGGAGAGAGAGGAAUCGUGAUCACUCGCUCAACCUUUCCAUCCUCAGGACGCUGGGCAGGACAUUGGCUGGGAGACAACACCGCAGCAUGGGACCAGCUCUAUAAAUCCAUCAUUGGCAUGAUGGAAUUCAGUCUCUUUGGAAUAUCCUAUACAGGAGCUGAUAUCUGUGGGUUCUUUGAAGAUGCUGAAUAUGAGAUGUGUGCUCGCUGGAUGCAGCUGGGAGCCUUUUACCCUUUCUCUAGGAACCACAAUACAAUUGGGCAAAGGAGACAAGACCCUGUGGCCUGGAAUUCCACCUUUGAGGAUCUUUCAAGAAAUGUCCUGCAGAUAAGAUAUGCCCUGUUGCCUUAUCUCUACACCCUGAUGCACAAGGCCCAUGUAGAAGGCAGCACUGUUGUCAGGCCCCUGCUUCAUGAGUUUGUGGAAGACAGAGAAACCUGGGACAUAUACCGUCAAUUCUUGUGGGGUCCAGCCUUUUUAAUCAGCCCUGUCCUGGAACCUAAUGCCUCGAGUGUGACUGCCUAUCUCCCCAAUGCCCGCUGGUAUGAUUUCUAUACGGGAUCAGAUGUAGGACUGAGGGGACAGUUUACAGUAUUAUUAGCUCCCCUUAACCACAUUAAUCUUCAUGUCCGUGGGGGCUACAUCCUUCCAUGGCAAGAACCCGCCAAUAACACCUACUACAGCCGGCAAAACUCUAUGGGUCUCAUAGCUGCCUUGGAUGAUGAAGGAAAAGCUGAAGGCUGGCUCUUCUGGGAUGAUGGACAGACCAUCGAUACAUAUGAAAAGGGAUGGUAUUACUUGGCAAACUUUUCUGUUAGACAGAACACACUGGAGAACCACGUUGUUCACAAUCGAUACAUCAUAGCCACAAGACCACUGCAUCUGGGCUAUAUUUACAUAUGGGGAGCAGGCACUGCCUCUAUUACCCACGUCGAUAUUACUUACAACAACCAGAAUUUCCCCUUAGCCAACUUUAAGUAUAACCAAACAACACAGGUGCUUUCAGUGGACUUGAUUACAUACAGCAUAAGCUUGGAGUAUCACUUUGUGGUGACAUGGCGGAGUUCCUCAUAACCAUUUGGAGCUGGACUUUGAACCAGUUACUGGAAGACCUUUAUGGACCCUUGUAAUCAAUAUAUUUGCCGAUCACUGUUAUAUAUUCUAAUGCUUCACUUAAUUAGCCCGACCUAAUUUUUAAAAAGUGUUAUGGAAUUUAAUUUGGUAUUUGUUAGUAACCCUGUAUGCUUUGAAUCCUCAGUGAGAGGGCAUGGGCAGAUUGCUUUUUCCUUCUUUGUGAUUGAGUGGGAGCAGAAGUCUCAUUACUGCUGUUCAGCAUUUUCUAAAGACAAACUACGGCUAAGGGCCUCACUGGGUUGACUUAUUUAGGGCCAAAAAUGACACCUGCUUAUUGGCCAAAGAUGUACCUUUUUGUCCUAAGAGCCUUAGUGAAGUUUUAAUAUUUAAUUGCUUAAAACUCCACCAAGGCUUUUGGGACACCCUUUAUGGGCAGCUAGGUGAUGCAAUG